AUGGCGGCUCUACCUGAGGAGCCGGCUGAAGUGGUGGUGAAGCCGGACCCGGACGGGGGUGUCCCGCCGCAGCCCCCUCCGGCUCCCCCGCCCGCCGCUCCCCCCACCACGGCGCCGGUGGAGGGGGAGGCGGCGGGGGCCCCGGGGAGCGGAGGGGAGGCCGCUCCCCCCAAGCCGGCCCCCCCGGGUCCGGCCGCCUCCCCCGCCCCCACGGACCGGCAGACCCUCCUGGCCGUGCUCCAGUUCCUGCGUCGCAACAACCUCCACGAGUCCGAGGACAUCCUGCGCCGGGAGGCCCGGCUGCUGGGGGAGGAGGUGGCCGCGGCUGCCCUCAGCCCCGCGGGACCCGGCGCCCAGGGGACCCCGGGUGGGGAGACAGACGCCACCGGGGGCGAGGCGCUGCUCAGCCGGGUCGCCGCCGCCUCUGGAGCGGCCGGAGGGGGCGUCGCUGCUGGUGCCUCUGCAACCCCCGGCGGCGGCGCCGCUGUAGUCGCGGCACCGCCAGGGAAAGUUGGAGGAGGUGUUCCUGUAGAAGAUCAGCCAGAUGUGAGUGCAGUGUUAUCUGCCUACAAACAGCAGGGGGACCCAGCGCUGUACGAGGAAUACUACAGUGGACUGAAGCACUUUAUUGAGUGUGCCCUAGACUGUCAUCGGGCUGAAUUAUCCCAGUUGUUUUAUCCUCUCUUUGUGCAUAUGUAUUUGGAAUUGGUCUACAACCAGCAUGAGAAUGAAGCAAAGUCUUUCUUUGAAAAGUUUCAUGGGGAUCAAGAGUGUUAUUACCAGGAUGACCUGCGUGUAUUAUCUAGUUUAACCAAAAAGGAGCACAUGAAAGGGAACGAGACCAUGCUGGAUUUCCGAACAAGCAAGUUUGUGCUGCGCAUUUCUCGUGACUCUUACCAACUCUUGAAGAGACAUCUUCAGGAAAAACAGAACAAUCAAAUCUGGAACAUUGUUCAGGAGCAUCUGUACAUUGAUAUCUUUGAUGGAAUGCCUCGCAGUAAACAACAGAUAGAUGCUAUGGUGGGAAGCUUGGCAGGGGAGGCUAAAAGGGAGGCUAAUAAAGCAAAGGUUUUCUUUGGCUUAUUAAAAGAACCAGAGAUUGAGGUGCCUUUGGAUGAUGAAGAUGAAGAGGGGGAGAAUGAGGAAGGAAAACCAAAAAAGAAAAAACCUAAAAGAGAGAGCAUGGGAUCAAAAAGUAAAAAGCAAGACCCUAAUGCUCCUCCACAAACCAGAAUUCCUCUUCCUGAACUGAAAGACUCUGACAAGCUGGAUAAAAUAAUGAAUAUGAAGGAAGCCACAAAACGUGUGCGUCUUGGUGCAGAAUGUUUGCCUUCCAUCUGUUUCUACACAUUCCUUAAUGCCUACCAGGGUCUUACUGCAGCGGAUGUCACUGAUGACUCUAGCAUGAUUGUAGGAGGCUUUGCUGACUCCACUGUAAGAGUAUGGUCUGUGACACCAAAAAAGCUACGCAGCGUGAAAUCAGCAGCAGAUCUCAGUCUCAUAGACAAAGAAUCAGAUGAUGUCUUGGAGAGGAUCAUGGAUGAGAAAACAGCAAGCGAGUUGAAGAUUUUAUAUGGUCACAGCGGACCUGUCUAUGGUACCAGCUUCAGUCCUGAUAGGAACUACCUCUUGUCCUGUUCAGAGGAUGGCACUGUCAGAUUGUGGAGCCUUCAAACAUUCACUUGCCUCGUGGGAUAUAAAGGACACAACUAUCCAGUGUGGGAUACACAGUUCUCUCCCUAUGGAUAUUACUUUGUAUCAGGUGGACAUGACAGAGUGGCUCGUCUGUGGGCUACGGAUCACUAUCAGCCUUUACGAAUAUUUGCUGGCCAUCUUGCUGAUGUCACAUGUACCCGGUUUCACCCCAACUCCAACUAUAUUGCCACGGGCUCAGCAGACAGGACUGUACGACUCUGGGAUGUUCUGAACGGGAACUGUGUAAGAAUCUUCACUGGACAUAAGGGACCAAUUCAUUCAUUGGCAUUUUCUCCUAAUGGACGAUUCCUGGCUACUGGAGCAACAGAUGGAAGAGUGCUUCUGUGGGAUAUUGGCCAUGGUUUGAUGGUGGGAGAGUUGAAAGGGCACACUGAUACAGUCUAUGCACUCAGAUUCAGUAGAGAUGGGGAAAUUUUAGCAUCAGGUUCAAUGGAUAACACAGUCCGGCUGUGGGAUGCUGUGAAAGUAUUUGAAGACUUAGAAACUGAUGAUUUUACUACAGCCACUGGACAUAUAAAUCUGCCUGAAAACUCACAGGACUUGCUGUUGGGUACAUACAUGAGCAAAUCAACUCCAGUCAUACACCUCCAUUUUACCCGCAGAAACUUGCUACUAGCUUCAGGAGCAUAUAGUCCACAAUAAACCAUGAAGCUGUAAGACUCUGCAAGUCAAUG